AUGCUCCGUGUAGCCGUUUCCGCAGCUCUCCGAACCGCUUCAACACGGUUGCUAAGCAACAGUACAGUUCAAACCCGAGUUUUCACCCCAAUGAUUGUUUCUGGAUCGAAACCAUCGUUUCAAAUCAGACAGUAUUCCGCCAAGGCUCCACUCACCAAGAAAACUUUGGAAGAGCGAAUCGUUCUCGUGCUUUCUCUUUAUGAUAAAAUUGACGCCAAGAAGCUCACAAUGGACUCUGACUUCACUAAGGAUCUUGGCCUAGAUUCUCUGGAUCAUGUGGAAGUAGUCAUGGCUAUGGAAGAAGAAUUCGGGUUUGAAAUCCCAGACGGAGAUGCCGACCGCUUCAAAACUCCACGCGACAUCUUCCAGUACAUCGCCGACAAGGAAGAUGUUUUUGAAUAA